AUGGCUACAUCAAGAUCUGUAUUGUCAAAUAAUAAUAAUUUAAUAUUAGCUACUGGAUCAGCAUGUCCAUCAAAUCUUGGAAUUGCAUGUGGGCAUGAUUAUUUAUUAGUGGAUGAUCGUAUACCUAAUGUUUAUGACGGUAUAAUUAACAAUAUACCAAUAAUUCGUUUUUGUUUAAUCAAUAAUUCCACAUUGAAAACAAUCGCCACAAAGACAAAAACAAAAUUACAAGAAGUAGAAAUGAUCAAUUCAUCAUCAUCAUCAUCAUCAUCAUCAUCAUCAUUAUCUUCUCCUUCUUCAAUCUCCUCUGGAUACUUUUCAUUGAAUUCAAUAGAUUAUAAUAAAUUAUAUGCACCAGAUGAAUCAUAUUUAGUUGGGCAAAUUUAUGAUCCAAUCAGUGAUGUAUACGGUUUACAGUUUACAUCAAAUUGA